AUGAUAUGCACGGUCAGCUGUUCCGUUGGGGUGAACAUUAAGUCCAACAUGAUUUUGUUUCUGUGGCCAUUGUGCCAACCAUCCAACAGCCAGUACUGUAGGUGUGCACUCGGCUACCACUCGGUGCUAGCCACGGGGCUUAUGCAUUUGCAUGGCAUCACACGCGAGAAGCCGACCGUGCUGAACGACGAUGCUGAUGAUACAAUGCUGGCAACGUCCGAGUUCAUUGAGUCUGAAGGUUCCGUUGAGCUUUACCGCAAAACUUUGCGAAUCAAGGCAAAGAAAUCAUUGGAUUGGGUCCGGGACACCACAUCGUGCUACAAGCUGUUGCUCAGUGCACUUGUCGUUUCGCCCCUGGAGAGGAUCAUGUACACCUUCAUGCAGUGGCAGCACACCCAGGCCUUUCUAUCCAAGGCAUCACCUCCGGCGGUUGUUAUGGCGAAUCCAACCCGCUCUCCGGCAUGUGCUGCCAUGCGUCAGUUGUGUGGGCAAAUGCGAUCAGGCAAGUUGAUUCCUGAUGUGGCGGACUCCACUACGCUGGUGGACCUUGCACGUGGCCUGCCUGCAACAACACCGGAUGACUUCAUCCGGCGGGGAUUUUGGUGUUUUGUGCGUGGGGUCGGCGAAGUAUGGCACCGUUUAUACUUGCCCUACAUGCAACUGCCGUGGCUGCUGGCCAGACUUUUGGACAGCACAAUCGAUGCGUCGCUGCUCAACGAACUUGCAUCAUGGUUCAUGAAGCUGCCUGACUGCUGUUUGAAUGGUUGGUUCGGUCAUGCCAUCCGUGCACGCGUGUCUGAUGAGACUGACUUGCUUCCUGGUGGAAAAUGCCAGAUGCUCUUGCGAGGGCUCUACAACUGCAAGACCUUCAACAUCGAGGUUGAAAACAAUUUCGCUCGAAUGCAAAGUAUGAAACGAGUUGGCAGGGGCAGGCUCGACCUCGCGCACAAUCUUGCUUCGAAACAUGUCUUGGCUGAAGCUAAGCUUGCUCACGUGAGGGAGCUGACACGUUGUGAUGCUCCAGAUCCAGGUCCUCAACAGCCCAAGAUCAAGACAUACAAUGGCUACACACUUUUCUGGAGUGAGGAGAUGCAGAAGAGAGUGUGCCGUCCGGGCGAGACCUCUGAACAGUGUCGGAGACGGACCAUGAACGAGUGCAAACAUCGAUGGUCGGCCAACCAAAAUCUCAGGGAGACAUAUUCGUUUCAGGCUAAGAUCAAGAACCAGCAAGCCAGAAAGACUGUCAAUAAUGAGUUGGUUGCUGCGCAAAAUGGCCCGCAUGAGGUUGGCGAGACUGACAAUGACAAUGACGGUCCAAUGGACAGUGAGGUGGCACAGCUGCCUCAGGAUCGGACUGGAGGUGAAUUGGUGCCUCACAACAAGAUCAACAUGGAAUAUGUCCAGCCACUUGCCUUGGGUGAGGGUUACGGAUGCUUUGGGAUGGGCGACCGCCGUUUUGGCAUCAACAAGAAGCUCGUCCAAGAUGCGGACGACGCGGAAAAGGGUUUUGUGCAGAAGCAGAGCCGUGAGUGGAGGGCAUACGCUGGUGGAGUUUGUGGGGAGAAGACUUGUUUCUCUGGAUCCGUUUAUCCUGGGUGCCUGGAUAUCUAUGGGUUCUGCUGCAAGACCAUUAUGUCAAGGUCUCUUUACGAGAUGGUUUUGGAUCAGUUGCAAGCCAUGGUUCGCAACCAUCGACGUCGCCAUGUCUCGGUCAGGGGCAAAAAGACUACAAACAGUGGGCCUGACUCCUCCAUCGACCACCCAUUCCUGGUGGCGUGGAACGCAGCUGAGUCAUGGUCUUGCCGGGACGCUCCUCAAGGUUGGCUGAUGAAUUGGGCACAGUUCUCCCCUUACGAUGCCAAUUGGUGGCAAUGGUCUGUGAAGGCUGAGCAAGGCGUGUGGAAGGCAGAACCCAUGUUGGUGCAUGGUGGCUUGGACAGCGGCUUGCCAUCCAUGAUCACACAAGAGCAAAUGGCGUUAAACAUGAGCAACAAGUGUGUUGUUGGCUUUGGUGAGAUUUGUCUGGACAUACCACAUGAAGAUGAUGCUAGUUGGAUGAAAGUUGGUAGCGACCAGCUUAUCGAUGGGGAGGAGGCAGAAGAGGAAGCAACAGACCAGACGGUGUGGGUGCAGGGCGGCUACGAAGCUGAGUAUGUCUCCGAGGCCAAGUACCAGGCGGCAGUGCAGCACGACCCAACAAUCAAUCAUGGUUUCCUGUCACUGCGGAGUCAUGUGAUCCGCAUGAAGCAAGAGGACCCCAAUUGCAAGUUCAGGCUGGAGCGUGUGGCCCCAGCCAUCAAGGAAAAAGUGAGGGCAUCCCAAUCUCGACAACAAGGGCUUGAGAAACCUGAAACACAUUUUGUCCUCCUUUCCGUCUACACCGAAGAAUAUGGCAAGCCAGAUCCUUCGCAGAUAGUGUACGAGGUGAUUGAUGGGGUGUCUGUUCCUGGCGUAGACGUCCUGACAGGCCGUGCGGGGUGGCACAAGCGAGUUAAUCGUGACAUGUGUGAUGUCACCAAGACUGCAGAGCUCACAGACAUCAACAUAGACCCCACUGGUCAAGCCGCUGAUCGAAUGUUUCAAGCUUCGAAAAAACAGCUGACCAAAGCCUACGUUCAGCCGUCUCGGAAAGCUCUUUUACAUCCCCCGUCAGCAUCCUCUGCGUGUGCACAGGAGGAGGUGGCCAAAGCGGACACCGGCGUGGACGAGGUGACGUCUGGCAAAGACGGUGCUGAUAUUGAUGCCAGUGACUCUGAUGAUGAUGCUGCCGUCCCCAGCAUGAUUGCAAUGUUGAAGAGCCGGUACUCAGGCAACUCCGCGGCGGACUCAAAGGGCAAGAGUGUUAAACCCCAGGCGGCUCCCAAGCCGAAGGCAGCGACAUCCAGGAACAAGACAGCCGAGGAUAAUGCCCCGGUCGGCAUCUCAAAUGCAAAUCGCAAGCGUAGACGUGCAGAUGUCCAGGCCAAGGAUGAGGGUGCGGCUCAGCCGCACGAGACAGGUGAUGAACCGCCCAAGAAGAAGGUCAUGCAGGCUUGCGGUGAUGUUGAGGAUGAUGAUGAUGGCACGGGAGCAAUCGCCUCCAGCGAUCAGGAGGUGAUUGACCAAUUCGAAAGUAAGAUUGCGUCGCUCAAGGAAAUCGACCCCCCCAACGAUGAUGCAAACUUCAAGGAAUACAUGGACAAUCACUUGCAAAAGGUCAAUGCUACCAUUACCGAGUUGCGUACCAAGAAGAAAAGUGUUGGUCGACGCAAACAUCAGCAGGGAGAGAUGCUGUUGUCUGCGCUGGCUAGCGUGGAGACGAGUUUGAAAGCCAUUGUGAUGUUGAACAAGCGCAUCACCGGCGCCACGCCUGUGGCAUCGACCAGUUCUUUGUUGGAUGUUCUCCGAGAGGCUGAACAGGAUGGCUUUCAGUUUGGUUCAACAGUGACUCGACGUGCCCUCAAGGCUCUUGUGGCAGAUGACAUCAAAGUCGGCCGAUGGACAGCGUUGGUGACUUCUACACGUGAGGUCAUUUGUCAGGUCUUGCAGACGGCUGAUGAUGUUGACUCAGAUGAGUUUUUCUACAUGUCUUGCAGCCAAGCAAUGGCCAAACUUGUCAAGGGCACGAUGGGCAAAAUCAAGAACAAGGACCUCAUAACAAACCAACAACCCGACAACAACUCGACGCCGCCAACAAGUUGUAACAGCAGCAACCAACAACACUUGUGUAGUGUAGUGUAG